UUCUUGAUCAGAAAUCCAGUGUGGCUCGUCAUCUGUCGCCCGUUGUAUAUCUCACCGCAUUUGUGGUACUCGUGGCUGCCUUGGUGCAAUAUUCCUACCUCACUCGUACGACCCCGCCUGCAGCAACCAUGAGAUCCGUUGCUUAUUUCGUCAACUGGGCUAUCUAUGGUCGCAACCACAAUCCCCAGGACUUGCCUGCAGACAAGUUGACCCACAUUCUGUAUGCAUUCGCCAAUAUUCGCCCGGAAUCCGGUGAAGUAUACUUGACCGAUAGCUGGUCUGAUGUUGAGAAGCACUAUCCCAGCGACUCAUGGAAUGAUUCAGGCAACAAUGUUUAUGGAUGCAUCAAACAACUUUACCUCCUCAAGAAACAGAACCGCAAGCUGAAGGUUCUGCUGUCCAUUGGUGGCUGGACCUACUCUUCCAACUUUGCCCAGCCUGCCAGCACUGCAGAGGGGCGAGCUAAAUUCGCUGAGACGGCGACCCGGCUUGUUCUUGACUUGGGAUUCGAUGGAAUUGAUAUUGAUUGGGAGUAUCCACAAAAUGAUGACCAGGCCCGGAACAUGGUUGAGUUGCUCCAAGUCUGCCGAGAGCACCUCGAUCAAGCCGCAGGCUCAGACCGCAAGUUCUACCUGACAAUUGCCUGUCCCGCUGGCCCAACCAACUUCAACCGCCUUCACCUCCCCGAAAUGAACCAAUUUCUAGAUUUCUUUAACCUUAUGGCAUAUGACUACGCUGGUAGCUGGGACUCAAACGCGGGUCACCAAGCCAACAUCUACCCAGAUAGCGGCAAUCCAUCCUCAACACCAUUCUCCACGCAGGCCGCGAUAGACCACUACAUCAAUUCCGGUGUUCCUCGUGACAAGAUGGUGUUAGGCAUGCCGCUGUACGGCCGUGCGUUCACUAACACCGACGGCCCGGGCAAGCCAUAUAGCGGCGUUGGCGAGGGAAGUUGGGAAAAUGGCGUUUGGGACUACAAGGCAUUGCCGCGCCCUGGAUCGGAGGAGCUGUAUAUUCAGCAGAUUGGGGCUUCGUGGUGUUAUGAUUCUGGGUCACGCACCAUGGUGUCUUUUGACGAUCCACCGACGAGUAGGUUGAAGGCCCAGUAUGUGCAGCAGAACCAGCUGGGCGGUGGGAUGUGGUGGGAGAGUAGUGGUGACAAGGGAGGAAAGGCUGCGAAUGCCGAGGAUGGCAGCUUGAUCGGUACCUUUGUUGAUGCUGUUGGUGGAACUGGGGCUCUAGAUCAGUCGUCCAAUGCGCUCAACUUCCCCGAAAGCAAGUAUGAUAACCUGAGGGACGGGAUGCCCUGA